GAACAUGACGAAGCGAUCUCAGCUAAUCAACAGUUCAACUUCAAGUAAGGUGCAAUUUCAGACUGGGUGAUUCAUUAAUUUAAUGAUUCUGACUCCACCCGACCAACCAUGGAUAUCCUGGAAAGAAUCUAUCCCAAGGUUUCUCGUCUUGAAGACUUUCUUCGAGGUCUGGAUGGAUGUCCACCCCUCUACCUCCCUAAAGACAAAGCUGGAUACAAGGCCUUUCUUCACUCAACUCUGGUAGGAAUCCCAUCCAGUCAUGUAUAUUAUAAAGGUCCUCUGGAUUAUACACAACACUCUGAUCAUAUGGAAGUGAUCAACAGAGUCAUGAGAAGACUCCAGCGCCAAGGACGAUCUGGAAAGAAUGUUAUUCUCAAUGGUUUUUCUUCCUGGAGAUCAGAAGGUGAUUGUGCAGGGAACAUAGAUGUUCCAAACAACAAUGUUGACCAACUCAAAAUACCAUUCUGGAGGAAGCUACUAAGCAGAAUUGGAGAUGAGUUGAUGAUGCAUAUCCUGGAAAAUCUCUCUAUAUUUGCAGCAGCACCACCAUCUUGCUACAUUCAACUCACAGGAUUCCCUGUCAGUCUGCUCAUCUCAUCAACACCAUCCAACACAAGUCCAAUUAAAUUAUCCAUGAAGGAAGGAAAGAGUUGCCAAUUUGAGGAUGAAAAGAAGGUGCGAUGCAAGAGGCAGAGAGGAGAAAGAGAAGGACACGAUGAGGGAAAUGCCAAAUUCUUAAAAACUGAGCAGGGAGCACAUAGAAUUCAUCCCAGAGAAGAUAGAAGCUAUUGUAUUCUGAAUGCUUGCUACUCAAAGAGACUGGGUCACAGCUGGUCUAGGCAUGAUUUCAUGUCUGUAUACCCUGCCUCUAAUAGUGGUGCACAGAGGCUGACUCGACACAUUUUCAGCUCGUCUUGUGAAAGUGCUUUGACUUCUGGCAAAUCUGACGCUGUUACAAGAUAUCUAGUGAAGGGUAGAGAUGAUGAUGGCAUCCAAGGAGACAAUAAAGUCAAGAAGAGAAAAAAGCUGCAGCGGACCUGUCGCCGCCUGAUCAAGGUCCAAAAUUUACUCAAGACUCUACUUGCCCAACACAGGAAACUUAAUCUUAAAAGCAUCCUCAACCACCAGUGUCCAAUGAAUAUACCUCAAGAGUCAAACACCAAGAAGGUAUCGGCAACUCCGCCACCAUCCAGUGAAAGUGUAUCAAGUGAGAAGAGCCUGAUAGAACUCAGGAAUGAGAGCCAGCAGGAGGGUUAUUCACCCAAGGUGUUUCAGCGGAAGAAGCCACAUCGUCGUGUUCCAGGCAACACACAGUUGUGUGGUGUUGGUAUCUCAAACAAUUCUUGUUCUGUUCUACUGACUCAAUCCCACCAUGAUACCUACUCACAACGCAAAAUCAAGAAGAAGACAGAGAGGCCGUUUCCUAGCGAUGCAACUGCUCCAAAUGCCACUGCCAAGAGUACAAUCUCUGAUAGCAUGCAAAGCAGAGUAAAGAAGAUUAGGCGAUGCAAGGUGAAGACUGGGAAGGGUAAGAGGUUGCCUGACGAUGCAGCAACCCUGAUCAAGAUGCAGUCAGAUCCGUGGCAGGUGUGUCUCUUCUUGCGUCAGGUUCUUCUGAAGGCUGUCCGAUAUGAGCUUUGGGGAAGCGUGCACAACAGGAAUGUCUUCUUCAAAGGUGUGAAGAAGUUUGUAGGACUUGGCCGUUUUGAGAGAUUAUCAUUAAGGGAGCUCACUGAAGAAAUAAGGGCUGAAGACUGUGAAUGGGCCCAGCUUGAAAAGUUCAAAGGUCAUGACCCACCCUUCACAUCGGUAGUGAAACAGCGCCAGCUUGUGACAGAUUUCUUCCAUUGGUUGAUGGUUGGUUACACUAUUCCGCUUAUCAUGAUGUGCUUUUAUGUGACUGAGACGGCGAGUUCAAGGAAUCAGCUUAUUUUCUACCGGACACCAGUCUGGAUCCUCCUAGAGAAAAUAGGCAUUCAGAAUUAUGUGGCAAAUGGAGUCAUGAAGCCCAUAGAAGAGGGUGAGGUCAUGAAGCGCAUAUCCACAGGUCAAACUCUGGGUAUUUCCAGGCUCCGCUUCAUCCCGAAGACCAAGAGCCUUCGACCAAUCACAAGGAUGGGGAAGUCUGUCAUCAGUGAAAAGAAGGGCCUGAGUGUUAGACUCCUUCUUCAAGACCUGUUUGAUGUCCUGUCCUUUCACAAGGUACAUGAACCAUCAAUGAUGGGUUCUUCCCUUCUAGGAAUAGAUGGAAUCUACAACAAAGUAUUAAAGUUCAUACAGGAUAGGAAAGAAAGAAAUGAUACAAGACCACUGUACUUUGUGAAGGUUGAUAUUGAGAAGUGUUAUGAUUCAAUCAAGCACAGAAAACUCCUUCAGAUCAUCUCAAUGCUACUUCAAGGCCAGGAUAAACCAGAUGAGUAUUUCAUCCAGCGUUACAUGACCGUGACGAAAGCAGCGUCGACAUCGAGUGGACUUCAGAAGAUGACGCAUCGUCGUGUGACCACCGAGAUGAGUAUAUUUCAUCGUCAGUUAAUCGAGAUGGCCAAGCGUGGACAGAUGAAGAAUGCAAUAAUAAUUAAUAAGGUACACACAGUGAAGGUCACACCUAAAGAAUUAUUGCACAGACUGGAACAACAUGUCACAUCAGAUAUAGUGAAGAGUGGUAAGAAGUACUAUUGGCGUCACGAUGGUAUCAGCCAAGGCUCCAUUCUUUCAUCCCUUCUCUGUAGUAUAUUCUAUGCACAUCUGGAGAGGUGUUAUCUUUCAGAUAUAGACCAAGAAGGACUGAUGAUGAGAUUGAUCGAUGACUUUCUUCUCGUCACCCCUCAUCUUAACAAAGCUCAACGUUUCCUUCAUCUCCUCCUCUCAGGUGUAGAGCAGUAUGGAUGCAGCGCCAAUCCUACCAAGACGUUGGUUAACUUUGAUUUUAUGUUUAAUGGUCAGAUGGUCCCAAGGUCAACAGAGCUGUUUCCGUGGUGUGGUAUAGUGUUCAACACACAGACAUUGAACAUCAGCAAUGAUUACACAAAAUACGACAACAUCAGUAUCAGAUAUACUUUGACAAUGAACAAAGACGCAGCUCUACAUAACAUGCGCACCAAGCUCAUCUGGUCUUUAAAAGCCAAGAAUGUGAGCAUAUUCAUGGAUCCACUGAUUAACUCUUUCCGGACGAUAGUGGUCAACGUCUACCAUCUACUCCUACUGCUGGGUUAUCGCUUUCAUUCUUACUACCACUGCCUCGCAAACUGCAUCCAGAAAAACACACGCCCUCUACAGUUCUACAAUAUGUGGGCAUCAUGUGUUCGGAUAUUUCAUGAUUACGUCAUCUCUAAGCUGCGCAGAGACAAUCGGGAGGAUGCCGAGACGACCUUCCCUCUGACAAUUAAUACUGUCAAUUGGAUUGGAUUGAAGGCCUUUGAGACCAAACUGAGUCAGCACAGAGGAUCAUACCAUCCCAUCAUCAAACUGGUUAAAACACACAGACGGAAGGCAGCUCAAAAAAUGGGGAAGGCCAUGUUGGGUGUUAUAGAAGAUAUGACAAACCCUGAUCUUCCAGUAGACUUCAAGAAGAUGAGGAGAUGAUGGUUCCUAUUGCUCUUUUGUAUUGCUGAUACAUGAAGAUUAGUUGAGUUAUCAACUUCGCUGUGCAUGUCAUGACUGUUUGCCGUAACCGAUGCUGCACCUACUAUGCUAAACACCUCAUGACUGAAGGCUACUUAUUCUGUUCUUCCAGAAACUUCAUGAGGAUGAGAAGACGAUGGUUCCUAUUGCUCCUUCAUGUGGCUGAAACUGGUGAUGGUUGAUGGUGCCGUUGACAGUGCUUAAUGCUUUGACUUUAAUAAAAUACUGGGUCAAAUACUUGAAAAUUCUGGCGUAGGUGUUGAAUUUAAUACAGGCCUUGGUGUUUUGUUUGGUUGGGUAAUUCACUCAGACAGGAUGCUGAAAUUAUGUUAGCAUAGUAGUCAAUUGUACUUGUGCUUGGAGAAUCCUCUCUUUUUUUCGACUGAGAGCUCAAAGUUAGAUUAUGAAAGUCAUUAUUGAAAGAUUCAUUCUUUUUACUUCAUUCUAACUUUCAGCUUCAGAAGGUUGGCAACCAUAAGUGUUAUAUCAAAUAUUGAAAAAUAUAUUAUUAUUUAUUUUAUGUUUGACACCAAAAUGAGAAAAAAAUGAGACUGGAACACUAUUUGGAGUCAGAUUUUUCAGGGUAACGCAAUAAUCACUCUUGGGGCUUAGCGCCCUCGCUUGUCAUAUGCAUUAUAGUUAGAUAUAGAACAUGUGGUUCAUCAUUAUGAUGAGGAAAUUUCUCUGUGUUUGAAUUAUUUGGAUAAUUCACAAGUUAUAGCAUUGUAUCACAAAAAGUACAACAAAGGAGGCCAAAAUAUAUUUAUGGUUCUUUAAGAAAGAAGUUUGUAUCUUUAGUUGAAAUAAAUAGUGGGCAUAUCAACCACAUUAUGAGAUAAUACAAUCACAUUAUUUUUGCUAUGUAGGGGAUGCAUGAAUUUUAUUUUGGGCCAUUCUUGGUCAUGUGUGUGACCAUAUUUACAGAUCUCAAAAUUUUAGAGAUUUUUAAAAGGUUAUAUCAAUAAUAUGUCAAGUCGGCUAUCAUUUGGAAAUAUUUCCUACUGUGUCGAUAUGCAGGGUCACGUGUGUGGCAAUUUUCUUAGCUAAUUAUUUAUCGAAUUAACACUUAUAAUGGAUCCAUAUUUGGCGAGAUUCUAGCUUUUGAGAUAAAAAAUAAUGCUAAUACCUGACAUUUGAGGGAAUUCCGUGCUUAUUUUGCUCAUUUCUCAGGAAAGCGUAUUUUCU